AACACACAUUUCAGUCUUCCUUCACUUUGCAUUCACCUCCGCAAUACUUUUCUCAGCUUUUCCUCUGUAAACGCGUAACCUCCGCACACCGCUCACCGCACACUUUUCUGAGCUUUUCCUCAUCACCUCCACCGUGCCACAUCCACAACAUUUCUCUCCUUUUCUCGUUCCGCAUAACAUCUGUUAGGAUAAAAAGAUGUGGAGAGACGGGUCGAAGAUUGCGAAUUUUCAAGGAAUAAAUGUUGAAGAAUAGUGUUUCACCAACAGGUUCCUCAGCACAGCCGGAUGUAAACAUUGACGACCUUGAGGUGAAAGAUGAACUUUGCAAGGAGAAUCUGCAGCUUGUCAAUGAAAAUCUACUAAAGGAACCUCGUAUUGUGGAACUCAGGAACCAGUAUAGAAUAAUUUGUACAACUCAAUUAGCUGUUGCUCAAGAGAAACUAAAUGAGCUUGACAAGCAGAAAGAGGAAGUGUUGAAGUUGAAUUCCCCACCAUACCUUCUCCAAAGGAUUCAAGAGGCUAUGAAUAAGACAGAAGAAGAAUCUGAAAAUCUGCACAAGCAAGUCCUUGACAGAGAGAUUGACAUUGGAGCUUUUCUGCAGCAAUACAAAAGCUUACGUACUGCUUACCACAGGAAAAGUCUCAUACAUCUUGCAGCUAAAACAUCAAAUAUAUGAGCAUCACAAAAGGAAUACGAAAAUUAAGAAUGUAUCUUCUUGUUUGUAAAGCCUGUAAUUGAUUUUUUCUUCAUUCUUGUUAAUAUUAGUAGUCAUCUGUCAAUACAUGUAUUUUCAUUUUUAAGUAGUUUCAGACCAUCUGAAAAGGAGUAACCGGCAAUAGCAUCCAAAUUGUAAACAUUAUCUAAAGUCUGCAGAAUUGAAGAAGCGUUUUGCCUUCUCA